CAUUCGUGGAAAUUCUCGUGCGAGCAGUGGACACGGUCGCGAGUCGGUACGAAUCGAAAGGCAUCCCAAAGAGGCAGAGGCAGAGGCAGAGGCAGAGGCAGAGGCAGAGGCAGAAGCAGAGACAGACAGAGACGGAACAGAGAGAGAGAGAAUAAAAGUUACUCUGGUGAGCAGGACGAAAGCGCACGAAGAGGAACCGAACGCGCUCGAAGUAUCACGUCGGUCUUUCGAUUCGAUCGCGAAGCGAGAAGAUUCCUCCGUCUUUUCUCCGGCUCGAAGUUGACAAGAAAGAAUCGUCGAUCCUUUUGAUUAUUUUUCAUUGUUUUCGCGUUCGCAAAUCUUUUCUAGUCGUAGAGCCCUCUCGUAGAAUCAGUCUCGUUCGUCCUUAAACACUUUUCAAAUUCGCAACACAGACGCGAUAUUUUCUUGGGAAAUUGCGAGAGCAGGCGAAGGUGGCGCGUUCGAUCUAGCAAAAGAACAGUGUAAAUCGACAAAACGAGCGGGAGCAAGUUGUACUCGGAUCUCAACUACGCGGAUCUUAAUUUCCGAUACAUCCGAUACCGUCCCUGUCGUCCGCGAUGGGUUCCAAGAACGAGUGGGACUAUUCGAUCCGAAACGGCCCCAGCACGUGGGUGGAGAAAUUCCCAAUGGCGGCGGGUUCGAGGCAAAGUCCGGUGAAUAUCGAAACCGACCGAGUAGAAUCCGACCACGAGGCUCUAAGUAGCAAACCUCUUCGUUGGAAAUAUCCUGCUACUGCUUCCCGGAAGUUGGUCAAUCCAGGAUAUUGUUGGAGAAUCGAUACCGAUGGCGAUGGGACUCUUUUGAGCGGUGGACCUCUCAUGGACGAUAUUUAUAAGCUCGAACAAUAUCAUUGCCAUUGGGGAUGUAGCGACUCGAGAGGUUCCGAGCAUACCGUUGACGGUCAAGCUUUCGCUGGCGAGCUUCACUUGGUUCAUUGGAACACAAGCAAAUACAAGACAUUCGCGGAAGCUGCGAAAGCGUCGGAUGGUCUCGCGGUGUUGGGUGUUUUUCUCAAGGUUGGUAAAACCCACGAGGAAAUGGAUAAGAUCGCUCGUUUAUUGCCAUACGUGUCGCACAAGGACGAAGUUGUAGAAAUAGCGGAACUCAUUGACCCCAGCAAGUUACUUCCCGUGCGCGGUGGACGAGCCAGCACGCAGAGAUGCGCUAAUCCGUGCAUGCGUUGGGCCGACCGAAUCAUACGUCACGAGAACAAAUUGGAUUUUCAAGACGAUAACGGUUAUUGGACAUACUUGGGAUCGCUGACGACUCCACCAUUCAACGAGAGCGUCACUUGGAUUCUCUUCAAGAAGUACAUCGAGGUGUCUCAUCACCAGCUCAACAUCUUUCGUAAUUUGCGAAAAUUUCCACGGGGAGAGGAAUGCCCUUGUCACGAGAAUCACGGGGCUGUGAUCAACAAUUUCCGUCCACCGCUGCCGCUAGGAAAUCGUGUGCUAAGAGAAUGCGGCAGCUUUUAAGCUUCUUUCUUUCUCUUUCUCUCUCUCUCUUUCUCUCUCACUCUCUCUCUCUCUCUCUCUCUCUCUCUCUCUCUCUCUCUCUCUCUCUCUCUCUCUCUCCUCUCUUUCCCUCUGUCCUCUAUUGCAAGAAGAUAGAAGAUUCGUCAAGUUUAAGAGCCGGAUUAGUUACUACUAACGAUCAUAAUGGAUGUUUGGGCUUCAAAUCGUUAACGGAGCUCUCCUUCGUAAUCUACGUAACAACUACGUGCCUUGUGCUACUCGAAAUUGGUUUUCUUUGAUCUCUACACGAGGCAAAAGUGUGUCGUUAAAAAUGAAAAACUGCGGAGAUAAGAAAAAUGACAAACAAAAAAAUAUUACGUACGAGUGAUUUAUCGACGGUUUAUUUAGUAGAAGUUUUAAUGGAUUCUUUACAACUGUUAAAUAUUACAUACUUAAAAUAUCGUGACAUUUUUAGAUAUAACGAAAUAUAUAGAUAAAAAACUCGAAAAUGCUUUAAUUGCACUUUUGAGAAUAUAUGUGAAUGGCACAGUGCUUCUUUAUAGUCAGUACUGAAGAAGUAAUACUUAUUGUUAGUCAUUGAGAAUAAUCGUGAUAAACUACUCUGUUCCAAGUGCAAUUAAUUAAAAUGAUUGCGUAUGGACGAUCAUUGUUGCAUAUUUGAUAAUAUUUGUGUUUGUGAGAUAGAAAGGAUACAUAGUUUAUAUAGCUCUGUGUAAAGUCUCAUAGGAUCGAUUUUAUCCUUUUUUCUUUUUCUAUCAUCAAUAGUGUUUAUGACGAUUUAAACUCGGUGAAACGUAAAAUGAUUUAAAUUUAACCAAAUUCAUUCUAUACUUUUUGUCAUACUAUUGUUAAUGUUCUCCGUUCAUUUUAUAACUAGUUUUAUUCUAUUUUUAUAGAAUAUCAUAUAUAGUGUGAAAAAUAUCAACGCGAGAAUAGACAUCGAAAGAAAUCAUUGUUUCGAUCCUUCUAAGUUAAAAAAUUUUAAAAAGAAACAGAAAGUGAAAAAAAUAUUCAGAAAUAUAAUCAAAUUCAAAUGUUUACAUAAAAUGUUAUUCAUCGUUGUUAAAUGUAAAUGAAUAGCGAUAUUUGAUAGAAAAAUAGUUAUAAUAUAUUUAUAAAGCAAAUGUACGAACAUACUGUGUCGAUGUUUGUGAAGAUCGGAAGAUAACUUCUUAUGAGAAAACGAAGGAAAAUCUAAUGACAAAAAGAAAAAAUGAAAAAAAAAAAAGAAAAAGAAAAAAAAGAAAAAAAAAUGUUUAUUUUCUAGCCUCGACAACAAAUAAUGUUGAGCGUAUACAAUGUGCCAUCUUUUAUUGGUAAUUACAUGCACGGUCUUACGAUCCACUUCAGAUGUUAAUAUCAUUAAUCUGUAAAAAUGUUAUUUUUCCAUGUAUUUCGUUUUAAUCUAUUUAACGAUACCAAUCGAUAUGUAUUCUUCGUAGAUCGAUUUGUAAAGUUUCGAUAUUGCUUUCUUCGACAAAAAUGGAAAAAAGCGAUUUUCUUUAACGACUAAUGAUUAGAGUGCAAUGUAGAUGUAGAUAUAUAUAUAUAUAUUUUUUUUUAUCAAGUACGCAACGUUUGAGCGGCGAUAUAAUAACGCAUCCUACAAAUUUGUGUUUUGAAUUUUCACAAAGAAGAAGAUUUGAAAUGCAAAUGGAUUCCUUUUAUCCGUCUUCUUAUACGUGUUAACAUUUAGUCCGUGCUUUGUUCGUUUGUUGCAUAUUGCAAUAAUUUCCAAAAUACGUCUAUAUCAUGACGUUCUUUAUUAUAUAUGCGUUCCUCCGCAAAGAACUUCGAUCUUAUCAUUAAGUCUUCUAUAUAUGAAAUUAUUCUGUAAGAAUAAUCUUUGUAAAAUCCAAUCCUCCUCUAUUUAUUAUGUUCGAAAAUUUGUUGAGCUUGUUCACAACCUGAACUUUCAUUAGUUUUUGUUGGAAGAGAAAACGAUAUACCGAUAUACCGAUCGAGUGGAAUAUUACAUUGUCAAACUUUUAUGAUAAAGUAGAACAACGAGAGUAAAACUCGGAUCUUACCGACGGAGAUAAACAAGUUCAAAUGUAACUCUGUAGCGCACUCUACGAUAAGAGCUGCAAGUUGCUUGGUUUGUAAAAACAAUUUCGCAUAGAUGAAAUCAUUUAGAAAAGCCAGAGCAUAUAAUAAAAGAGUUUGAAAAAACAAGCGCCAAUAUGUGUGCCAUGAAAAUAUAGCAAAGUUGUAUCCGUUAUCAUAA